AUGUCUCAAAACCAAGAAUUCAGCGAAGGUUUCAAAAAGGGCCUCAAAGUCCGCGGUGAAGUUCUCGGCGAAGAAUACGUCUCCAAAGCAGUCGCAAGUCUCGACAACGAAUACUGGAAACCCGCACAAGAGCUCAUAACAGAAUAUGCCUGGGGAAACGUAUGGACUCGACCUGGUCUUGAUAGAAAGCAGAGAAGUCUUCUCACUUUGGCGUUUUUGACGGCGCAAAAGGCAUGGCCGGAAUUGACGCUACAUACAAAGGGAGCUAUGAGGAAUGGUUUGACGGAGAUUGAGAUUCGAGAGGCGGUUUUGCAGUCGAUGAUUUAUCUUGGUGCUCCUGUUGGGUUGGAGGCGAUGAGGGUUACGGAGAAGGCUAUCAAUGAGUUUAAGGCGCAGGGUGGAAGUGAAGCCAGUGGCUCUAAGAAUGAUUGA